UAACUUCCUGAAUCAAACACUGUUCGGUGUCGAUGAUCGAUAAUCUGCCGACCAGUUGAUCAGUAAACAUCUGUCAGCCUCCUGGUCUCCGUCAGCAACCGGACUCGCGGGAAUUUAGCGGGAACUUGCGGGAUUCUGAAACUGUGAACCGUUAAACUAGCUGCUAGCUGCUAGCUUCGUUAGCUGUUUGCUGUUAGCAGUUAGCUGUUAGCCUCACAGAGUUAGCUCGGGUUCAGGACCGGACCGGACCGGGUCAGACCCGUUUCUACGAUGGGAGCCCACCGCAGUGAGGGAGGCCGGGACUGGCUGGAGCAGGACGGACCGGAGCAGCCGGAGCAGAGUCCGAGGCCGUGGAACGUGAUGAUCAAACACCGACAGAUUCACCGCCGAGGACGACGCUCGCACAUGACUGUCAGUUACACGGAUCCUCAGGUGUCCAUGGACCUGUUGAGGGCGGUGCUUCAGCCCAGCUUUAACGAUGACAUCAUGGCUGUGUUCAGGAAGUACCAUAAGUUCUUUGAGAAAGCCGCUGAGAACGUGAAGGAGAAUGUCGGCGAGGACGUUCAGACGGAUCAGCUGAUCAAAGAGGCCUGCAGGAACGUUCUGGAACAUGCCAAACAGCUGUUUCCAGAGGGGGAGGUGAAGAGGGCGGGGCCAGAAGUUGCCAUCAAGAGGUCCAGACCUGCUGACGAGGACUACAGCCAGAGAGGAAGUCCACUUCUAAAGAAGAGGAGGACACGUCCCCCUGCAGCAUCCAACUCUGACCGUACUCACACCUUCUCCACCCAAGUGAAGCCAAAGUCUGAUCCCAUCAAGAGAGAAGGACCAAAGUGGGAUCCGUCCAGACUGAACGAAGGCAGCACGUUUGUUCUUGGCUCCAGAGCCAACAAGGCGCUGGGGAUGGGCGGGACCAGAGGACGCAUCUACAUCAAACACGCCGACCUGUUUAAGUAUGCCGCAGAUGCGAAGGAUAAGCAGUGGCUGGCAGAGAGACACCACAUGAGAGCGACAGGAGGGAAGAUGGCCUACCUGCUGAUUGAGGAGGACAUCCAGGAUCUGUCUCGCAGUGACGAGUACAGAGAGUGUCCUGAGGUCAGGAUGGACGAGCUGAAGCCGUUCUCUGUUCCUCUGUGGAUGGUGGAGAAGAUGCAGAGAGCCAUGGAGGCUCAGAGAGACGCUGACCUCUGACCCCUCAGAUCACAUGACCUCUGACCCUGCGGAUAACGCGAACCCUCCAUCUCCUUGACCUUUGAUCCCCUCCCCCCUUUGUUUUUUAGAAAAAGAAAUAAAAUCUUCCAAACUCAG